GUCAGGUUGUCCGGCUAUAAAAGUUAGUCGCUUAGAUUCGAUAAUCUCAAUACGCGCUUCGUCGUCUACAUAAAUUAAAUUUGGAAGUUUACCUGGAAGUUCGCUAUCUUUCGCAGAGCAACUUUUUCUCCGAAUAAUUCAAAAGCAUAACAAAGUCAGAAAAGAUGCUUAUUUGGUUAGGAUUGACUUGUCUUCUAUUAUCUAUAUGUUAUGGUCGCGUUUUGGAAUCUUCUUCUAACGCACAGCUUGAAAGCAACAACAUUGUAAAAUACAACACAGAUGCUGCUUCAAAAGGUUUCUUCAAAAGACUUCUCCAGCCUAAUCUUAGCAUUCGCAACGGACCUGCUGAAAUCAUGGAGAUUACUGCUGGUGAUGCUAAAUUCAUCGAAUGUGAAGCUGGAGGAUCUCCUUCACCAACCAUUCACUGGUUAAAAGAUGGAAAAAGAAUCGCACAGAGUUUAUACGAAGCUAUGCACGGCGAAGAGGAGGAAAUGGUGCCAUAUAAGUUAGGUAUUGGUUUAACACGAUCUCGGCUCUAUAUUGAUUGUGCUACUUCUCGAGAUGCUGGACGAUACACAUGCAUUGCAGAAAACAAAUACUUCAGAAAAAGCAGGACAGGAGAAAUUGUUGUUAUAGAUUCCCUGGAUGGAGAAAGAAACGCGAUUUGUUUAGCCAAGAAGGCGUUUGGUACACCAGCCAAAGUCAACUUGUGGACUCACAGCAGACUAGAAAAUAUAGGAAUGGAUGUGCAGUUAGUCUGUCGCGGUGGUGGAGAUCCUCAACCUCAAGUCAUAUGGACUGGGCCGGAUAAAAAUCCUCUCACAGACCCGCGAAAAUAUCAACUUCUGGAGAAUGGAGACUUGAUCAUCCGAGAAAUCGAAUGGUCCGAUAUGGGUGGUUACAUGUGCCAUGUUACAAACUCUGAAGGUUCAGACGAAGCUUUGGUGUUCCUCUACCCAGUAUUGCCCGAGGAGAAAAGUGUUGCAAAAGAAUAGAAGUCUACAGCAUUCUGCAUAGUUCCUAGGAUCACCUUCUAAAAUGUCAUCAUGUGCUCAUAUAAUUUGGACUCAUGAAAAUUCCCAUGCUUUUCUCACACUGAAAACAAUGAUUACAGAGUUAACCUUGAUUUGAAGCUACUUCAUUUUACCUAAUUUUUUUUUGCUUAAUGUAUGGAACUUUGUAAUUAACUAGUCAAUGAAUGGAAUUUCUUUCUCUUUCGUAUGUCGUUGUCUCAUACCUUAAGGUAUGAUCUGAAUGUGUUUGAAAUAAAGAAUAGAGCGAAAAUACACAUUCUAAUGAUCAUAUUUUAAUUGUUUUGAAGGCCCUCAUAAGAACUUUAGAUUCUUACCUAACAUUCAUGCAUGACUUUUUUACUUAGUUACUGUUUUCAUCUCUUGUUGUUAAAGCAUGUGCCAAGACAUUGCAUACUAUGAGUGGAUUGAAUGUCUUUUUUAUUAAUAAAAUAUUUCGCUUGUGAUUUACAUAUAUUAAAGCUUUAAAUUCAGUUUA